AUGAAAACCCGAAGAAAAAUACAUGUUGAAUUUAAUUCUCCAAAGCAUGAAGAGCCUAGUUCUCCAUCAAUAUAACAAUCAGAAAAUGAUGAAGAUUCCACUUUUCCUCUUACAAAAACAAUUAAGAAUAUGCUUUAUGUUUAUGGAGAUUAAAGAAAAUCUGAAGUGCAUAAUCUGGCACAUCUAUAAAUUCAAGAAUUGAUAUCAGAUAUAUUUUAACCUCUAAUUCUUCAUGCUCUAUAUUCCCCUGCUCCUAAACCUUGGGAGGAAAUGGGAUCUGAUAUCAAAUUUGAAUUUCCUCAACCAUUAACUAAAAACAAGAGAAUAUUAUAGAAUUAUUUGAAUUCUGUUUUCAAAGAGUUUGUUAGUUUAUUUUAGAAGUUAUCUAGAAUUUCAAAGAAACUAAAGAAACAUGCAUCUGAAGUCAAUUAAGACAAUAAUUUAGACUAUGAGACAACCUUAAGAAAUAAGGCUUAAAAGGAGAAAAUUCUAGUUUAUGAGGAAUAAUAUUCUUAACAAGAGGAUUCAGUUUCAAAUUCUUCAAUAACAUCAGAAUCUCCACAUGAGAUUUGGGAGGAAUAUAUGAAGGCAAGAGUUGAGAAGAUGCCUUCUUAAGAGUUCAUAAAAUUUAUGGAAUUGAGAUCUUAAACAUUUAUUCAUCAUAAGAGAUUUAAGUAAUUUAUUGAUCCGCAUCAAUACGGAUAGAAUUUCAUCGAAUGUAUAAAUCUGAAAUUCUUAAAUUAUUGUUUAUGUCGAGUCAUUAAACGUAUUAUACAGAAUGUAAUGUAAUCAGAAUAGCCUCAAUCAUAAGUAUUCUAGUUGUCUGAGGAGCAUCUAAAGAAGUACGGUUAUCAAAUAAUAGAGACAUAUAAAAUAAGGGCUAAGAAAUAUGCAUUACAAGAUUAGAAAUUGAAUUAAAUGGCAUAUAAAUUAUUUCUGUAAGAGUUUUGCACUUAAGGUUAUGAUGCUUAUUUUUAAUCUAAAUGGGUAUUGAAGAAAAGUGGAUAAUUAUCUAGUAAUUAAGAAGUGAGAGCUUAGGAAGAAUGGGAUAAGAUGGGAAAUAUUAAGUAGAAAUGGAUUGAUAGAGUAAAGGCAGAAAAAUAGGUGAGACAAAAGUUAGUGAAGUAAAAGGAGGUUAUUCCUAAUACUCCUUAUUCUAGAAUCCUUUUAUAAAGAGUGGGAAAUAAAUCAUAUGAAUAAGCUAAAAGUUAAUUUUCAACGAUUUUUAAAGAAUGGUUCAUACAUUUAGAGACAAUAACAGAAAUUGAUAGCAUAUAUGAUUGA